AUAUAAGGACAUACACUCAACCAAUAAAAUUAGGCUAAACAACACAAGCAAUUUUAUUUAUUUUUUUAAAAAAGAAAAAAAAAAGCUGUAUAUAAAUUCACAUCUCUUUGUUUCUCUCUCUCAGAGCAGUGGUCUUCAAUCGGUCACUCCACUUUCUCUCUCUACAAAAUCGGCAACAAAAUUCACUGUUAUUUUGGGGUGUUAAUGGGUAUAUGCUCUGUUGCUGCUGUUUUGCUUGCGGCGGCAAUGUGAAUGUGACUGUUGAAAUCUAGGGUUUUUUUUUUGGAUUUGGGUUUUGGGUUUUUCAGAUCUAGGGUUUUUGAUUUGGGGGUUUUUGGAUUGACCAGUUUGUUGUGUUGGUUCUGCUGUUGGUGUAACCGUGGGUUGUGAAAUGGCGACGCCUUUUCAUUUGCCAGUCACUGCUGCUCAGGUGGGAACAUACUUCGUGGGCCAGUAUUAUCAGAUGUUACAGACCCAACCGGAUUUUGUUCAUCAGUUCUACAGUGAUGCUAGUACCGUGCUUCGAAUUGAUUCCAGCACCAGGGAGACUGCUUCAGGAAUGCUGCAAAUUCAUGCCCUUGUCAUGUCGCUCCAUUACAGCGGGAUAGAGAUCAAAACACUUCAUUCCUUGGAAUCAUGGAAUGGUGGUGUCCUUGUGAUGGUUUCAGGUUCUGUCAACGUGAAAGGUAUCAGCAGGAGUAGGAAGUUCGUACAAACAUUUUUCCUGGCACCCCAGGAAAAAGGCUUCUUUGUCCUCAAUGAUAUCUUUCACUAUGUUGAAGAGGAGCAAAUUCUUCAGCAACCAUUGACCUAUCUAGCACAGACUAACCUUGAGUCCAAGCUGAAUGCUUCCAAUGCACUUCAAGAGCAAGUGCCCAACUACAUGCUUGGUGGAGAAAUCCACGCAAGGGAGUUUGCUGAUGCUCCUAAAAUUGAAGAUAACGGGCCAGUCAAUAACUAUAGUUUUCCAGAGGAACGUCUUCAGCACGUUCCCGAAGCUGAGAAGAUCCUUGAAGAUAAUUUUGCAGCUCAGUCAAAUGGCUCAUAUCAGAGCACAAUUAAUGCAGUACAAGACCAUUUAGCCAGUCCUAUUGAGGAACCUGUUGCAGAGCCCCAAAAGCACACUUAUGCUUCUAUUUUGCAAGUUGCUAAAGCGCCUUCUGCACAAGGAGGACCAGCUCAGUCUUCUUUCAACAAACCUGCACCGCCUCCUUCAGAAUGGCAACAUGUGCCAGAGCCUCCUGCUCUGCCAUCAGUUCCAUCGACUAAUACUAUUGAGAGGCAUAUAACAGAGGCAACAGAAGAGGCUUCUGCUGUGGAAGAUGAAGUUGAAGUUAAGUCUGUAUAUGUCAAAAAUGUGCCUACUACCAUGGCUGCUUACGAAAUUGAGGAGGAAUUCAAAAAGUUCGGUAAACUAAGGCAUGAUGCUGUUGCCAUUAGAACGCGAAAGGACAUUGAUGUAUGCUAUGCAUUUGUAGAAUUUGAAGAUGUAACUGGUGUUCAGAAUGCAAUUGAGGCUGCUACUGUUCAGAUUGGUGGACACCAGUUGUACAUUGAAGGGAGGAGACCAAACAGAAACAACUUAAUUCGAGGAAGAGGAAGGGGUAGAGGCAGGGUUAGCUACUCCAUGGACGGAAGGGGGCGCUAUGGUGGCCGUGGUUUUGGGAGAGGUGGUCAAGAUGGACCUGACCGUGACUAUGGCAGAUCGAGGGGAAAUGGUUACUAUAGACAAUCUUCUCGGCCAGAAAGAGCUUACUCUAGCAAUCAGCAGAGCUCGAGAAAUGAGCAUUACUCGUGGGAAUAAGCGAGUUGAAAUCUUGAAGGACGAUGCCUUCCGUAUAAGCCCUGUUGCGAACCCCUUUUUUGUCUUCAUAGUUCUCCAAAAAGCUUAGUAUACUUUGAGAAGCAUCAAAAUUUAGAUUUAUGCAAAAGAAGCAUCCCCAAAUACAUAUAUUUUUUGGCAGAAAUAGCUAGUGUUUUUUCCGUACAUGAACAGACUUACGGAAAAGGGUUCUUAAUGAAGUUUUGCUAGUUGAUGUUA